UUCAAUGUCAGUCAUGGCAGGAUUGGCAAAGGAUGGAUCACAAUUUGAUAGCAGAAUGAAGGAACCUCUCGCAUGUGAUGGACAAGAUUUCAUCACCUCUAAUGAUGUGGUCAAAUCUAAUAAUGUGAACUAUUUUGACAUCAUGGAGCUUUUAAGGGACACCUUGGGUGAUAGGGUUCAUGAGCUAGCUUCUAAAUCCCAGCAAAGAGAAAUUGCUUCAUUCUGCGACAGUCUUUAUGAUAUUCAGCGGGGCCAAUCUGGAACCGAGAAAACUGCGACUUUAUGCUCGGGCAUUUUGCGGAUUCUUGAUUAUGGUUUGGUUCAAUGCCAAGUCUUGGUUUUGGCACACACCAGAGAAGUCGCACGACAGAUUGAAGAAGUAAUGCGGGAAGAAAAAUAUUUUCCUGUUGUUAAGGUUCGUGCUUGCGUUGGUGGUACAAGUGUUAGGAAGGAUCAAUGCAUUCUUCAAGCCGGUAUCCAUGUUGUUGUUGGUACUCCUGGUCGUGUGUUAGACAUGAUGCGUAGGAAGUACCUUCGCCCUGAUUAUAUAAAAAUGUUUUUGUUGGAUGAGGCUGGUGAAAGGCUUUUAACAACAGGUUACGAGGAUCAGGUUGUCGACAUUUACGGGAUGCUACCGUCAGAUAUUUCGCUUGGUUUGUUCUCUGCAAGAAUGACACCCGAGGCUCAUUUGUUUGUUGAUGAUUAUCUCCAGUGAAGAGCUCAUUUGAAG